AUGGCUUAUCCAAAUUUCAUACAACCACAAACACCACGAUUAAGGGACAUUAUCAAGCGAGAAUUACUCCGACCAUUGCAUAUUCUAUAUAUGCAUUUACGUUUUCGACGCUUGAGCCGACAUAUCGUUGAGCCAGUGCAAUAUCUUCCGCUGUUUCGUGUUUAUUAUUCUCUUCGAAUGCCGGCAAAAGACAGCGAGAGAUCUCUGCUAAAAUUACAAAAGAUCUUAAGGGCUGCAAAAAACGAUACAUCAUCGCCUUCUUUUUCAAACAUUGUUACGAAUAGUAGUACAGCUACACCUUAUGCCAAUACGAAUCUAUCGACAUCAUCUUUUACAAAUACUAUCGCUUCAUCACCUACUAAUAAUAAUGGUUCGGCUGCUAAAUCUACUCGAAAAGAAACAUCAACAUCCACGUCAGAAACGAAAUCUCAUCCAACGCCGAUUCCCUCGACACCCGAUGCAUGGAUGCGAAACCCAGGUCUCUUCAAAUUACCCGUAAUUCACAACAAAGAACUACUAGAAAGAGCGUUAACCUUCAAAAGGAAAGAAAUGAACGUCGAAGACGUGCAGAAUUCAUUUCGACAAUUGGCGUUCCUCGGUGACAGUCUAAUUUACUCGGAAUUCGUUCUGAUUCUGCAAGAAAUAUUCCCGCAUAUACAAUUAAGACAUAUAGCGAUACUUCGUGCAAGAUUAGCAACUAGAGAACAAUUGGCGAGAUUUUCAGAAAAAUGUGGAUUAUCGAAAAUGGUGAAAAGUAGUCCUGCUAGUGAUCCGAUUGAUGUACAAGGUGAAUGUAUGGAAGCGUAUAUUGGUGCGUUGUUUUUGGAUCGUGGACCUGAUGGACCAGCGGAAGUGAGAAAAUUGCUGAGAACUUUUGUGAGAUGGUUUGUGGACGAAAAUGAGGAAAAAUUAAAGAGCAGUCAAGAAAAGUCGAUUCAAGAGUGGGAUCAAAGUAAAAAACCACAGGAAAAAAGUCGGGAUCAAA